AUGGAGCCAAAUGGGGAGAAAGAAUCAGCGGCUUCUUCCACAGUCUUAAUUCGCCAGGCCGACACUCCCGAGGACCUUGCCGCCGUUAUCCAGUGCUUCCACGCCUACACCGAAUGGCUCGACGAAGACUUAUCGCAUCAAAACUACGCCUCGGAGCUCGCCAGUCUUCCGGGAAAAUAUGCGCCCCCGACAGGCUGUCUCCUCCUAGCCGUUGACUCCGCGCCCGGAACGGCCCUGGGUUGUGUCGCCCUGCGCCCGUUGCAGCUGCCGUCGAGCCAUCCGAGAGCCGGGCGACGCUGCGCGGAGAUGAAGAGACUCUUCGUGUAUCCGGAAGCUCGCGGGAACCAGGUCGCGCGGAAACUGCUUGCAGAAGUGAUACGACAGGCUAGAGACCAAGGGUAUGAGGAGGUCUUUUUGGACACGCUGGCUAGGAUGGAGGCGGCAAUCAAGCUGUACAAGUCAGAGGGCUUUGUGGAGGCAGACGCAUACAACAACAGUCCAUAUGUAGGAAUGGUGUACUUAGCAAAACGAUUAGAUUAG